GUGAUUUGUGAAAAACAUCAAACAUUAGAAACUUUCUGCAGAAGAUCGGUACACAAAUUCAGCUCUUCAGUCGUCAUGCGUUUCAUUCUUCACUCUCUGUUACUGUGUGCUUCUCUACUUCUCUGUGCUUGCUAUGAUUCUCAAGAGAGCCGUGAGUCAUUUGAGGAUGUGUUUCUGAAUCGGUAUCGAGCGAAUGCCUUCAUGAGUGUCCCACGAGACAGAAUGUACAACCCGUACAUAUACAGGAGAGUAAAAUCCCCAUCUGAGCGCAGGGCAGAGAUUUGUGAAGAUUAUUCACCCUGUCGACUGUUAGCUCAUCGCUACGGUUUUCAGCUGGCCUAUCAAAGAUAUUUCGGUGGUCCGCAACUCAACACUAACCAACGGCAGAGUUACCCUAACCUGCGUCCAUACUGAAUCCUGCCUUCAAGAUGAAACAUUUACAUAUUACUUCAUCUUAUUUACAUAAAUCCUUCUGUCUUGCUAUUUACAUGUGCUUGCUCAUUAACAAAGACCCACAUAUUUGCUUACUUUUGCCUUUUUUUUAACUUUUUCAAGUUAAUGUUUAAUUAUAAUAGCAUUUAUUCAUGAGUUGAUUCAUCUGUAUUUGUUUUGACAUAAGUUCAGUGGUCACACUGUCUCUUUGUUACAGGUAAUUUUUGCUGUUUUGAAUAGCACUUGUUAUUAGUAGGCUAUAAAACACAAUUAAAGUAUUGCACCUUC